AUUGUUAGGAGAAGUGGAUGUGUGCGUAAGACACUUGAAGUUGUUGAAAUCCCGUCCUGCUUUGGGUCAGAAUCUCGCUUCUAGUACAGUGGAGAUAUUUCCCUUACACAAAUAAGCACAAUUUCUCAACAGUUGGAAUGCUAUGACUUUAUACUUAACUUCUCCGGGAAUGUGUUAACCUUUUAUAAAACUUGGUAAAGAUAUAUGUGAAUUUCCGCAGAUCCAGAUAUAACAACAAAUAUAUGAGGAGGAGGAAACAGGUCAAUUACAGGGAAUGGCCGUAUCAGGACGUAGACAAGUAGAUCUGCUAGGAUCAGUAGCAGCAGGAUCAGCAGAAGACUUUGAUCACUGUUGUGAGCCAUGUCUUACUACAGGUCAACGUAUAGAAGCUAACGGGUUUUGUGUUACUUGUCAAGAAUACCUUUGUAAAACUUGCCACGAUGUCCACAGAAAAACAAAAGUCUUACGAAAUCAUAAAAUUUUGCAGCGUUAUGAUUUUGAUAAGAUUCAAACUACAAGAAAAUCAAAAAAUGAAUGCACUGAAAAGUGUCAAGUUCAUAAAAAAGAAAUAAUCAAAUUUUAUUGCCCAUCACACAAUGCACUCGGGUGCAAUGUCUGCAUAGCCUUAGGUCAUAGAACAUGUAAAGUUGAUUACAUACCUGAAAAAUGCGUAGGUAUCGCAGAUGGGAAGGAAUUCGAUGACGUCAUGCAAAAACUGGGAGAAAAAUUAAAAGAUGCAUCAGAAAUUUCGAAGAAGGCUAAAGGCAGUAGAAGCACCAUAAAUGAUUACAAUAAAGAAAUCAUUAAGGCGAUCACUGAAUUCCGAAAAGAAAUAAACGACUGCCUAGAUCUGAUGCAAAAAGAUGCAUUAAAUAAUGCUGAGGAAGUAAAGUCCAACACCAACAAAAUUAUUCAACACGUCCUUGAUACAUGUGAAAAUAUGAUUUCCGGCAUAAAAUGCAUGCAAUCAAGUCUACAUGUAAGCAAAUCAACUCAUCAAGACGGUCAACUCUACAUUGGCAUGAAACGGGCUGAAUCUACGCUGAAAUCAGAUGAAUUAAAUGACGCAGAACAAACAUUAAUACAUACCAAUAUGCACUACUCAUUUCAACGAAAUUCUGAACUCGAAACAUUGUUCUGUAAGAAAAUGGUCUUCGGUGAGAUUGUCGAUCAUUCUCGUCAUGAAUCUACAAAGGUGACAAAAGCUGUUGAUCGUCUGAUUGGGAAAGGAGAUAUCAAUGUUAAAACUUCAUCAGAUAAGAGGGAAUGUUAUAUCACAGGAUGUUCAGUUCUAAACACAAAUAAAUUAGUUCUAGCUGAUUACAACAACCAUAAGGUAAAAUUGAUAUCUAUAGAGAACAGACGUGUACAAGAAGAGAAAGCCCUAGACUCAAAGCCAUGGGAUAUUGCUGUCAUGUCUCAGGAUCGGUUCGCUGUAACAAUGCCGUAUAUCAAAGAAAUAGUUGUCAUGACAACAGACGACAAGCUAUCAUGUGUCCGCAGUAUUAAAGUGGAUAGGUCAUGCAAUGGUAUAGACUAUAAUCAUGAUUGUUUUUAUGUUGCUUGUUUGUAUCCUACUAGUGUGAUUGUACUGAAUACACAAGGUGAUAUCCUGAAUAACAUCCCUCUGAACUUUCUUUUACCUGACUAUAUCCCGUGUAUUGCUGUGAGAAAGGAUUCCAACCUCUUGUAUAUCAGUGACUGUGGUAACAACAGUAUAGUGAGUGUAUCAUUACAAGGGGAAGUUACAGCUACAUAUAAGCACAUAGAUGUUAGUGGACCACAAGGUGUGUUGAUGUUAGAUGACGGGUCAUUACUUGUCUGCUGUCUUGGUAAUGGAACAAUUCAUAAAGUCAACGGAGACUUGAAGCAAGGGAAGAUAAUGUAUAAAGAAAAAGCUAAAACCAUUCUGCAAUCCAUAUUCUACAGUUCACGCUAUAAUGAGUUUUAUGUUGGUUGUGACAAUGAUGAUAAUAAGUUGAAAGUAUUUGACACACAAUGAUCAAUUGAUGAAAUCUUCAUUUUAUAACCAAAUUGAAGAUUGCAUUGCAUUUAUUGUUCCUAAUUAUAGAAAAUGAUAAAAGUGUAUUUGUAUUAUUAUUAUUAUCAUUAUUAUUAUCAUUAUUAUUAUUAUUAUUAUCAUUAUUAUAAAUUAUUAUCAUCAUUAUUUAUAUUAUUAUUAUUUAUAUUAU